UAAACAAAUUUAUGCAUACGCAUGACAUCACUCCAGCACUCCGGUCGCGUAGAUAGAAUUUUGUGCAUUUUACUUCAUUCCCAGCAAAACAUUUACCAGUUGUGUCAUCAUCGUUGUCGUUACGUGUAAGUUCCCGAAAUUCCUAUCAACAAUGUGUUCCUGUUUGAAUUUCUACCGCGUUGGGGAUGCCAUUUGCGAUGAGAUGUUGGGGCUGUUGGAAAAAUUCGCCAAUGAAACACUAGCCAAGCAGGAAUUCUUCCGCCUGGGAGUUUCAGGAGGCUCAGUGGCUACCGUUCUGUCGGAAGGAAUGUACGACCUGCGGUCGGAUUUCAGUCGAUGGCAGAUAUUUUUCUGUGAUGAACGGAUCGUACCGGAGGAUGAUAAGGAAUCCACCUACGGCAUUUACAAACGAGAUCUUCUGGAUCAGCAUCCGGAAUUCCCGAAAUCGGCCUUCUAUCCGGUCAAUUGCUCUCUGACGGCUACGGAAGCGGCCGCCGACUACGAGAAGACGAUAAGGAAAGCUUUCAAGCUAGAAAACUCGAAAGAACUUCCGUCCUUUGAUUUGUUGAUUUUGGGUAUCGGACCGGAUGGGCAUACUGCAUCGCUGUUUCCCGGGCAUCCGCUGUUGGAUGAGAAGACGCUGCUAAUUGCACCAAUAGAGAACUCGCCAAAGCCGCCUCCAAAACGGGUCACGAUGACCUACCCGUUGAUCAACAAUGCUAAAAUCUGCCUUUUCGGGGCCCAAGGACAAUCAAAAGCUGAUAUUUUGAAGAAAAUCCUGGUUGACAAAGAUCAAACCCUACCGGUAACCCGAGUUGACCCCAAAAAUGGACGUCUGGUGUUUAUAGCUUGUGACGGAGCUGGCUCCCUCAUCGAAGAAGAUCCAUCUCGUAAACCAUCGAACUAGAUUGUAUCAAUCAAAUCUACUUUUUCAACGUAUCAGGGAUUGUUUUUCUUUCAUCGGAAAAUGUGCCUUUUUUGGGAAAUCUCUCUAAAGUGAACUCUUAAAAGUUAUCUGGUGUCGUCAGCUAAGGAUAUUAUUCAUUUGACUUUUUAUAAAAUUGGAACCAAUAAAUAUAAUAUAAUAAAAUGUA